AUUUUUAUUUAUUUUUAUUUUUUUUGCUUUCUCAUUCUUCUCUCUCUCUGAGUGUGUUUUCUCUCUCCAAAAGAAAUCCACAUUUCCCCCAAUUUCCAGCAAUUUUCCGGCCGGAAGCGCGUGUUUUUGGAUUCUCCGAUGAGAGAUCUUUCGAUCGGACCCAAUUUUGUGCAGUGAGGAUCCGUAAUUGAGUUUGUUUUUCCGGAUUUUGGUUGAAUUUCGGAAAAUGCUGGGAGCAGCAUCAAUGGUGAGCAAUGGCGGACUGUCUUCUCACUCUUCGCAGCUGCAUAGUUGCGGGGAUAGUAGCGAGGAGGAGCUUUCGGUGCUUCCUCGUCACACGAAGGUUGUGGUGACUGGUAACAACCGUACGAAGUCUGUGUUGGUAGGGCUUCAAGGAGUUGUGAAGAAAGCUGUAGGCCUUGGCGGAUGGCAUUGGCUGGUUCUUACAAACGGGAUUGAGGUUAAGUUACAAAGGAAUGCUUUAAGUGUCAUUGAAGCUCCCACCGGUAACGAAGAAGUCGAUGAUCUUGAGUUCGAGCAAUUACGGUGGAAUGGCGCCGACAUGGCAUUCGAUGAUGUGCAAAAGUCGCAUAGAUCAAGACAGCGAUCGUAUGGUUCAUCCAGCAAAACUCUUAGCCACUCUCUCUCCCGCGACUCCCAGUCGAAAGAUUCUGUUUCUACACCAAAGGAAUCUGUGAAAGUCGAUCUCAGCAAACUUGAAAUGGCUGCCUUAUGGAGAUAUCUUCUGCACUUCAAUCUAGUGGAUGCUGUUCCAAACCAUUCUAAGGAACAACUUAUUGAAAUCGUGCAGAGGCACUUCGUAUCGCAGCAAAUGGAUGAGUUGCAAGUGAUCACAGGGUUUGUGCAAGCUGCCAAGAGGUUGAAGACAGUUUGCAAAUGAUAUAUGAUAUAUAUACAUAUCUAUUAUGCUCCAAAUACUCAUCUUGAGGCCUGCCUGACUCUCUAACAAAGCUUGAGACAGUUUGAACCACCCCACCCCCACCCCCACCCCCACCCCAGAAUGUGAAUGUAUAUCUACCCUACCCUCUCCACCCUUUGUGACUAUAUAGUUUGCAGAGGGGUAGCUAUGUAGAUAAAGUCUUAAUUAAAACCAAGAACCAGUGGACUGACACUCACUCUCUAAGAGGCCAUUGUUGGCAUAAAUAUGGUUCAAUGCUUAGCUAACCAGUGGGGAACCUUUUCUUCAAUAUAUAUAUAUUAUAUGUAAGUAUGUAUGUAUGUAUAGGUGGGCAGCUCCUUUGUAAUGAAAAUGAGCCUUAAAUGAUGAAACCUUGAGGCUGGUGAAUUACAUUGCAUUAUUAUUAUUA